AAGAAAUAGCGAAGUACAUAUAAUUUUACACUGACCUCUAUCGUUCCUGCUGAAGUUUCUUGUCCAGCUAUUAACUUUCUUUUCUAUCUUUGAAGGCUCCACGACAUAUCAAUAUUAACAAAAUCGAGUUUUUCCCUACCAUAUCAAAAAUGGGAGAAUAUAAAUGUUCUGCUCCAGUAGACUGUGAGAAGGAAAUUAAUAUAGACAACCUAAAGGGAAGGACAGCAGUUGUAACUGGAGGUAAGUAACAUGCGCUGGAACUGGUCAUUAUUCUAACAAGCACAUAGGGGCAAAUGGAAUAGGUCAGGCUUAUGUCAAAGCACUCGCUGCAGCGGGGUAUGUGAUCUGAAAUCUAAUAGUAGAUCCAAUACUAACACUACCGGAAAGAGUCAACGUAUGCAUCGGAGACCUUGAUGCUGAAGAAGGCUCCAAAUUGGCAUUAGGACUCGAACAGUAAGAUCCUCUAAUCACCUGUCAUUUGGUGACGAUUCUCACAUUUUUGAAGUGCGAAAUUUGUGAAAUGCGACGUUGCGAAAUGGGAUGACCAGCUUCGACUGUUUGCUGAAGCCGCGUCGUUUACAGGCAAAGUGGACUAUGUUGUCGCUAAUGCAGGAAUUUGUCUUAAUGACGAAACUUUCACCUUUGCUGGUAGGUUAUUAUGAUGUUUCCUAGCCUCUCGCUAACUGAUGAUAUUUGAAUAGGUAAAGAUCAAGAGCCCACGAAGCCAGAUUUGACUACCGUUGAUGUUAACUUGAAGGGGGCAUUAUAUACUACCAAACUGGCGCUUCAUUACUUCGUAAAACAAAAUGGAGAAAUCCCAUCUCCACAACAGGAGGACACAUGCCUCGUAUUGAUAGGUUCCGGAGCAGCCUUCCUGGACUGUCCCAGAGGCCCUGUGUAUCCCAGUACAAAAUGGGCUGUGCGAGGUAUCAUGCAUUCUAUGAGGAGAACAGCCUUUUACUACGGUAGUCGGGUUAAUGUGAUCUCUCCCUGGUACCAACACCCCUGAGCAAUUACAGUUUUUCUUUCUUACUAAAUGAUUUAGGUAUGUCAAAACCAAUAUUCUGUCAGAAGAUGCUUUCGCGCACGUAGCCAAGUCUGGAGUGCAAUUCGCCGAACCAGAAGACGCAGGAAGCUGCCUGCUACGUAUCCUAUCCGAUCAGACGAUAAAUGGUAAAUCGCUUUUCCUCUCGGCUAAGAAAUGGGCAUCUGCAGGAUUUCUGGAUUUAGAUGUUGACGAUUACCCUGGGAAUGAACUCAUUCAAGAAAUUCAAGUAGACCAGAUGAAGUCGGCUCCUGUGUCAGAAGGCCUUUUUCUACAAUAAAGUCGCUAAAUAAGCUUCCUCAGUUCCGUUAGUUCAUUUGUAUAGCUUUGAAUCCCCUUCUUCCAUAAUUUGCAAUUACUUUUGGCUGGCCUCGCGUGGAGUUGAGAAUCAAAGACCAGGAAGCUUGUUCUUAUAGGGAAGGGGCUAGCUGGAACUGUAUCUAUGGGCGAAGGACAUUAGCAGCUAUUAGAAUUACAUCAAAUUAAGUCAAAUCAAAUU